GAAAAAAAUUUACUUUAAAAAAAAAAAAAGAAGGAAAAUAAAGAGGAAGCAUUUUUGUUUUUUUUUCACGUUUUGGUUUGAGUGAAACUAAGUCUCAGUAAAGCAGUCUAUGCUUUUUAAAUAAUUUUUUGGAAAAAUUUCUUCAAAAAUACUACAAUGCCAGGCUAUCAAGAACUUAAAACGAAUAGAAAACAAAACGGUUUAGAAACUAUGACAACGGAAAAUGCUUCUCCGCCGGAUUUUGAUUUCAAUUUGCCGUGCCGGGUCUUCAAAAGUUCCUUUGCACGUUCGUUGUCUUUGAAUAUCGAAUGCAAUCGAAGCAAAUCUUUGGAUUAUGAUAUAAGACAAUGUAAUAAUAAUACCAAUAAUAAUAAUAACGAUGAUAGUAAGAUAAAGAGAAACAAUAAUAAUAACAGUAGCCAUGGCAAUAAUAAUAAUAGUAACAGUAACGAUGGGAAAAACAUAAAUAAUGAGGCAGCUGCUCCACCCUUGCCGCAAAGACGUCUGAGCCAAACCGGAUAUGUGACCGCAAAGACUGACAGCAUUUCAAUAAUGCCUGAAAGUAUGGAAAAUGAUAAUGAUCAUCAACAUUAUAGUAACGUACCUCCAGCCUUGCCAGCUAGACGUCCCUUAAGCGCAUACAAUAACAACAGCAGCAUAAAAUCAAUUGAGAGCGUUGAUAAAAAGCACGUUGAGCCUUCCACGGCACAAGAAAAAUUAGAAACGGCGUUGACACAAUUUAGACAACCAUCAACUUACAAACCCGGUUUAUCGGUCACUACCAAAUGUGCUAAGCAAUUGCAACUGCAACAGCAGCAUCAGCCUCAGCAUCAGAAACAACAACAACAACAACAACAACAACAAGAACAACAGCUACAACAAUAUCCAGAACAGCAUUUUAAUCAAAAGCUGAAUGGCCAACAAGCAUCACAAACGCAAACAACGUUCUAUUACUCAGCUAAAUCACAAGCAGCAGCUGGAUCACCGGUGGCCGACAACAAUAAUAAUAAUAAUAAUAAUCACACUACUCAUAGCCAUCAGCAGCAGCAUCAUGAGCACAAUUUUAGAAAGAACAACAACGUAUGGCCGACUAACAAAAAUGUGGAACAGAUCUGCAAUAUUUGCACAGCGAAAGAGAAUAAUGGAACUGUCUUGGAAUUGGAACACAGUCAAAGAUUAGCGACAAAUUUUAGUACAGAUGAUGCAAACUCUGAUAAUCAUCAUCGUCAACAUCAUCUUCGUCUUAAUCAGCAACUGCAACAUUCAGCAACAGUAUCCUCCAAUAAUAGUUUAUUAUAUGAUGGCCAUCAAGCGUCAUCAUCACCAUAUGAACUGCCCGAGAGUGCUACAAAUGUGGAAGCGGUUAUAUUACAAAAUCAAAUAGAUACAUUGCAAUGGCAAUUAAAACAGGUGGAAACCAGUUGCAACAUGUAUCGUGCUGUUAUGGAGGAAGUUGCGAGAUUUCUUGAACGCUAUCAAACACAAAAGCAAAAGCAACAACAACUGCACCAGCAGCAACAGCAGCAGCAGCAGCAGCAACAACAACAAUCAUUAUCAUAUAAGACCACACAAAAUCGUUACAGUAAUGGCGGCGUUAGCACUAAAAUGGAGCAGAUAUCACGCUCGAGGAGUCUUCAUCAGGUGUAUCAAGCAAGUGGAGGUCAUGAGAAAAUCAAUGAAGGUAAGGCAGCGGAGACAUCGGCAGCAUAUCUACGUGCACGCAGUAGCGUAAAUCUAAUCGACUUAAAACAGCCAUCGUCAACACAAAUGGCAAAUGGCAAAGCAAUAAAAUUAACAGUUGCUGCCGCUGAAACGGUUAACAGCGGUACUGAUCGUAUCGCAGAUCAGCAAUUGUCGCCGACACAAUCGCAUAGUGCUUUUAAAGAUUUCACCUGGAGACGUCCCCCCAAGAAAUGUCACGAAUUACGUUUCCAUAUACAUGUUGACGAUGUAGAGGAGAAACUUAAUCAGGAAGCAUUUCGCUUAUUGCGUACAAUUAAUAAUUUAUUAAAUACGUCAAGCCAUCAGCCCGACUUAACACACGCACGUAAUAAUACGGGCACAAAUACAAUGCAAAAUGUGGAUCGUUUAUCUAAAGCGACAUCAACCAAUUCGAUUUUGCUUUUAUCUACGGGACCGCCGUUGGUCAAUUCAACCAUCAUUUCAACUAGUAGAGAUGCCCAUACGAAUACAAAUGCCAAAUCGUCGACGCUUGCCAAUGAUAUGCUUUUCUUGCGUUCCGCAAAUAUGCGCGAAUCACGUUUAUCACUACGCAGCUCCACCGAUAGUUCCGUUCAUUCCACCACAUCAUCGGCCGCUUCAUCAGCUUCCUCGAAAUUGGAGACUGAUGAAGAACCGAACAUAUCAUUCAUAUCGCCACCAAAACCGCCACCAAUAACGGCAUCAAAUCCAACGAAUCAUAAUAAACACCCCCAAACAUCCGCCCUUCAAGUAACGGGCGGCUCAUCUACCGAAGACGAAAGUGGUUUCAGCUCGAUUAGUUCAUUUCCCGAUUUGGGUAUACCACUUAGUUCUACUCGAUUAUCGAAUGUCGCUACUAAUUCAUCUAAAUUAAAUAAAAUACAACAUGACCAACAACAACUAAUUGAUGAUCGCAACUCUACGCUUAAAGCAAAUGUGGUGGGAUUGCCAUUGAAUGCCUUGCAAGAUAUGUCGCAUCGUUGGGAUUCACAAUCGAAAACUUAUCACAAUGUAGGCAAUACGAAACUGCAACGUUUCUCUACCCUGACCACUGAAGAUUCCAGUGCCGUUUUAUGGGUUUAAUUAUUUAAUUAAUGUGCUCAAGCUAAUAUAUUUUCCUUUUACUUUUUCGAAUUUAUAUUUUAAAUUUUGCCUU